ACUCAAUUAGUUCCUCAUCAGACGGCGUUUGAUCACCGCGUUCAGUACAAUAUCAUUUUAAUAACCUUCAGCUAUUGCGUUAUUUCGUUAGAAAUUUUGGAGAAUGUAUGGCCAACCGAUUCCCAAAGUUCAGAGGGAACCAAUCGACUCGUUCCCCAAUGGAUCUCCACCGGACAAACCAAAGCUGAUGGAAGGAGGUAAUUACAUAAAGGAAGGACGAGAUUCCGCCAAGAGCACUUGCCUCAUCUUCUCACCAAAGGCUGAGGACAAAGUUGGAUGUCUUGGAAAAUUUCUCCAGCUCUUCACCGAGCAUCAUGUGAACCUGUUGCAUAUUGAAUCAAGGAGUUCAUUACGACAGGCUAAUGGUUACGAAUUUAUGGUUGAAUGUGCACCCGGAGGAGAUCUCGGAAUUGCUGUUGAGGCAUUGAAAAGUCAAUGCAAUUAUUUUUCCAUUAUCUCGAGGAAUCACAAGGACAACAUUGGCACUGUACCCUGGUUCCCAAGGCGGAUUCGUGACCUUGAUAAAUUUGCCAAUCAAAUAUUGACGUACGGAGCUGAGUUGGAUGCUGACCAUCCGGGUUUCACAGAUCCUGUGUACAGAGCGAGGCGAAAAUAUUUUGCUGAUAUAGCUUAUCAUUACAAGCAUGGACAUCCCAUCCCCAGGGUGGAGUACACCAAAGAGGAAAUAGCAACGUGGGGCGUUGUUUUUAGAAAACUCACGGAAUUGUACCCGAAUUAUGCCUGUCGCGAGCACAAUCAUGUGUUUCCAUUGCUCAUUGAGAAUUGCGGGUACAGAGAGGAUAAUAUUCCACAGCUUGAGGACAUAUCCAAUUUUUUGAAAGACUGCACGGGAUUCACUCUACGUCCAGUAGCUGGUUUGCUAUCGUCUCGUGAUUUCUUAGCUGGACUUGCCUUCAGGGUAUUCCACAGUACUCAGUACAUAAGACACAGCAGCAAACCACUGUACACACCUGAACCUGAUGUCUGCCAUGAAGUUCUCGGUCACGUACCAAUGUUGGCCGAUCCAGCGUUUGCUCAAUUUUCUCAAGUUAUUGGAUUGGCCUCACUCGGUGCACCAGACGAGUACAUCGAAAAACUUGCCACUUGCUUUUGGUUCACCGUGGAGUACGGAAUUUGCCGGCAACAGGGUGAAUUGAAAGUAUACGGUGCAGGAUUGCUCUCAUCGUUCGGUGAACUGGAAUACGCUCUCAGUGGAAAACCCGAACUAAGGCCUUUUGAUCCAGCUAAGACGGCGUUGCAGAAAUAUCCGAUAACCGAGUAUCAACCCGUGUACUUUGUCGCCGAAGAUUUUGAAGAUGGCAAAGAGAAGAUGCUGAAAUUUGCACAGACUAUACCCAGAAAAUUCGGGGUGAGGUAUGAUCCGUAUACCCAGAGCAUCAGCAUCAUUGAUAGUAAAUAUCAGAUCGAAGAAUUGGUUACGAAUGUUAAUCAAGAAAUGGAGAUAUUGAUGGAUGCACUGAAGAAGCUGAAGAAUUGAGAGUACCUCACGCUCUUCACCUUUCAUUAUCCACUCCUCAGAAAUAAAUCGCUGUAUUUAUAUUUUUUCGACCAAUUUUGUACUUUGAGUUAAGAAUUUCUAUCGUGACUGAUAAUUUGUUUAAACAUCAGUUGAGAUUUCAUGUACAUAUGUUUGAAUAUAGAAAGAAAAAUAAUGUUUACCCGA